AAGCUAUACGAAGCUAUGAUUAAAAGGAUUGAUGAAAUUACAAGGCAAGGCCAUGUCCCUGAAAUGCUGAGAAAACAACAUAAAGGAUUUCGAGAGUGGAAUUUCAUUUCAAGCAAAGACCAUCACACUAUCAUCCAAAUAUUAAUUGACAGUAGUGAAAAUGUGGAUGUGGUAGGACAAAUUUUUCCAACUUUAGUAUACCUGGCAAGAGAAAAGAGACCCCAACACCACCAUCACUUCAAAGCAGGAGCCAUGAAUGCCUUGAUAAGGGUGUCAGCAAGAAUAAGCAACAGUCCUAUUAUUCUGAAUGUGGAUUGUGACAUGUACUCAAACAAUUCAGAAUCAGUGAGAGAUGCCUUGUGCUUUUUCCUAGAUGAAGAACAAAGCGAUGGCAUUGCUUUUGUACAAUAUCCUCAGCAAUUUAGUAAUAUCACCAAGAAUGAUCUUUACAGCAAUUAUUUACGUGUAAUUACUGAGGUAGAGCUUCCAGGAUUAGAUGCAAGUGGAGGACCUUUGUACAUUGGUACUGGCUGCUUUCAUGGGAGAGAAGUUCUGUGUGGAAAGAAAUACUGUAAAGGAUCCAAGAUAAUAAAUUACUAUAAGAAAGAAGUGGACAACAAGAGAGAAUACAAAGAAACUAGAUUGAAGUAUGGUUGUGCUGUAGAAGAUGUGAUUACUGGAUUAGCAAUACAAUGCAGAGGUUGGAAAUCAGUGUACUUCAAUCCAGAGAGGAAAGGCUUCUUAGGUCUUGCUCCAACAACACUUUUGGAAACUCUAGUACAACAUAAGAGAUGGGCAGAGGGUAAUUUUCAGAUAUUCCUUUCAAAAUACUGCCCUUUCAUAUAUGGCAAAGGCAAAAUCCCACUCAAACUUCAGAUUUCAUACUGUAACUUCUUGCUUUGUGCUCCAAAUUGGAUGCCUACCUUAUAUUAUACUAUUGUCCCUUCGCUUUUUGUGACACUGGGUAUUAGGCAUUGUAGACAGUUGUCGUCCCCCUGGAUGCUACCAUAUGCACAUGUUGCCAUCGCCACUACAACAUACAGCUUAGCAGAACAUCUAUGGUGUGGAGGCACAUUGAAAGGAUGGUGGAAUGAUCAAAGACUCUGGAUAUACAAGAGAUUGACUUCUUACCUAUUUGCCUUCUUUCAAACCAUCUUUACAUUGGCAGGGUUCGUCAAGUCAGGUUUUGUAAUCACAGCAAAAGGUUCAGAUAAUGAAAAUGUCAGUCAAAGAUAUGAGCAAGAAAUCAUGGAGUUUGGCACUACUUCCUCAUCGUCAACACCUAUGUUCAAUGUUUUAGCAACCAUAGCAGUGUGGAACCUUUUCUGUCUUGGAGAUGUCAUGUUAAGGGUUAUUAUGGAUCCACAUGAGGCUGCAGUUAUUGUAGAAUCUCUUGGUAUUCAGAUUCUUUUAACGGGGUUAAUAGUAGUUGUUAACUUGCCUUUAUAUGAGGGGCUUUUCUUGAGGAAUGACAAGGGAUGUAUGCCCUUUGCUGUCACCUGUAGUUCUCUUGUCUUAGCUACCUUUUUGUAUCUGUUAGCCAAAUACUGAUCAUGUCACACUUUUCAGUUAUCAGUUCAUGUAUGUACUCUGUUGUACUGUCAGCACCACUGUAUGUAAUAUAAAAAGUUGGGCGU